GCGUCCUCUUCCCCACCAAAAACAUCACGACUGCUUGAAGACUCCCAAGAUAACAUAUAUUAUAGUAUUCACUUUUGUUCAGUCGUUCUAUCACUGUCCAAUAUAGUAAACUCAAUCCAUCGAGAUUCCUCGGCCAUUUUUGCAGGAUUCACUGCGCUAUUCCACAUGCAUCACAGCCAAUCGGCACCCCGCAACUUUACCGAUUAGAGACUUGACAUGACAUGAGUUACGUGGCGACUACCUCAGGUCGCAUACUCGAUGUCUGAGGCAUGAACAUCAGGAAUACUCACAAGAAGAGACGUAAGCCGUCUCCAACUCUCACUGAAGAGCGAUUGGCGACACGAUUCGGCAAACAUUGUUCAAUAGUUGUGUAUGUUGCGUCGACUUUUAUAGGGCUGCAUGAGUGAAGGAGUCGUCAUUUCGGCCGGCUUUUAGGCUGCGCUGCAUCAAUACAGAUUAGGUACAGAUGAUCCGUGGACUGCCAUCGCCCCGUUCUACCGACGUUGUCGCAACUUUGAACAAACCACAAUACCGUCCAAAAUCAUCAGAAGCUAUCUUCUCGCACGGCGAUAUCACUAUGUACAAAACACUAUCUGCAGUGUUGCUUAUCUCGACUCGCGUAUGGUUUGCCUACGGUUAUAACACCAGUCCAAGCUCGUAUUUGCUGCUCAACACAGAUCAUCUUGCUGCCCAACGCCUCAACUGGCAGACUCCACUCUCGACGAAGGACGACCGGUCUACCGUGUUGAAUUUUGAUGACAUUCCAACGACUGACGGACAAGCGGCUAUUGAACUUUACGACGGUCUUCUCUUCGAGGGACUGACGGUUGUCAAUGUAUCUGACAGCAGCCUUCUUGAUGACAAGGAUAGAGAUUGUGCAACAUCACACACAAACACCUUAGUCAGCUUUUCAUACCCCGAAGGCCAACGUCCUCAAAUCAAGAUCGGAGCAGUGCACCUCAACGACAAAACCUCGUCGCCCAUGUUUGAUCUCUUAUCCCUCUCCAUCAAGCCACGUCAGAAACGAUCCUCGGACCCCGUGGUUAUCAGAUAUAAGUUCUGGCAAAUCCAAGACGGCAAGACCGAGACGACAUAUUUAGAUCUGGUCUUCCAUGGCGUUGAUCACCACGCCGUUGCCCACGUUGAUUUCGAAAGGUACGGGUAUACCAUCAGAAACCUCACCGCUUUCGAGAUUACUGUAAUGGAGAACAACAACCUGGACUUUGCAUUUUGUCUGGACGAUCUGGGUGUAAGGAUCCACAACACGACUGGCGGUAAGGUAACUCAAUAAGAGGGGUUGUUGUCGUCGAUCAGUAGGAAGUAGAUACGAAUAGUUGACACUGGUAAAGAAUACAUCCAUACCUGACGCUAUCAAAACGACCUAUGCGCAGGG